GGUUGAGCGGAAGAUGGGAGGACAGCGCCAAGUUCCAUCCAAUGGAGUGAUCGGGCCAAGCCAAUUCAAUCGACUCCUUCCUCUUGUCGCACGUCCAGACUCCCCAGACAAAUCCUACCAGCUGUUCGUCGAGCUCCUCAUCAAGCGCCUUAAGUUCCGCACUGGGCAGGCAGUAGAUGACAUCGUCGCCACUCUCUCCAUGCUCGCCAUACGCGCUUUUGCCAUCCUCCUACCCAUAAUGACGCACAGCCAGGAACGCAUCCUCGUUCCACGUCUUAUCAUGAGCUGGGGGGAUGUGUUUUGGUGGACGUCGAUUCUGCAGGAGCACGUGGUCGAGAGUGAAGAGAAUUCAAUGGAUUUCCGCCUAAGGACGCACCAGUCGUUGCUUGUGUUCCUUAACUCUGCGGCGACAAAUCCAGCGCUGCUCGAGAUCAUGUGCUUCAAGGAUGCGGCGAUGACGCUGUUAUUCAGGACUCUGAAGCUAGGCGCGCAUAACCCCAAGUUUUCCUACCGGACGAUCGGCAACUUCGGCGGAUACGCGUUAGAUGACAUCCUCGGGCACUCGCUGAAGAAGGAUACUGCGGAUUUGGCCGAGGUCGUGAAGCGUCUGGGAGGCGAUGCGGGUGAGCUUGCUGAAGUGCUGCUAAAGUAUCUUCGCGACGAGCUCGCGAUCGAGAACAAGGAGGAUGUCGAGCUUGAUCUAGUUAUCGCUGUCAUCUCCAUCAUGAGCGGAGCUUCCAGCUUGGACGAGCUGCGGUUCGCCCUCCUAAUGCGACAAUCCGUGACUCUGGUUACUCAAGUCCUCUACAUGAUUGUCAAUCUGCCACUGGACAAUGCCGACCUUGAUCAUGACCUUGUCGUCAGCUGCAUCUCGCACGCAGUCUUCUAUCUGAACCGUGCGCUUGAGACAACAGACGGCACCACGUGGGUUCUUGAAGCUGUUCGAGCGGAGCUCAUACCAACUCUCCUUCUCUGCAACAAGUGGCUGCCACGUUCAUUACUCCCGCAAUACAAGGAGUUUGUCGAGAUUUUGAGCAUGAUUCUGCCAAAAUACACCAUCUACAUCGACAUUCUGGACGCCAUGAACCAGUCACUGUCCUUGGUAGAUAAGCUACACCUCGAAGACGAGAUUGAUAGGAAAGGUGACCUCUGGAAGGCACGCAAGGAGCUACGUAAGUGCGUCGGACAGCGAAGUGAAGCCAAGAAAACCGAUCUCCACCGCAGCGACAUGGUCGCAAUGUGUAGCAAUAGAAAGUGUCCGCAAAGGCGCCGUGCUAUUCCGUUUGAUGACUUCCGACGGUGUAAGGAGUGUUUGCGCGCUCAGUAUUGCUCGCACGAGUGUCAGAAGCAGCAUUGGACAGAGGGCGGCCACAGGGAGGCCUGUAAAGCAUGGCGGUCCCCGCAGAGCAACGAGGACAUUAACCCGCUCUCUCUACACGACAAUACGUACGCUGUCAAACUGAGCCUACACGACCUUCGGACCCGUCGUCAGGAGGUCGUCGACAGCAGAACGAAGCAAGAACUUAGGAAUUGCCUCGUCCUUCUGGAUUAUACUUCUUAUCCGUUCACGUUAUCUGUUCACCCCUUGGAACAUGCCUAUGAACGGCCCGAACCACCGCCGUCGCGAUGGCCCGACAUGCUCAAGGCAUUAAAAGCAGCUGGUCCAAACGCAGUGAUCUGGCGCUCGACGAUCCCUGCAGGAAGAACGGGCCGACGCUUCACCACGGGUAUCCUGGUAGUCCUCCCGAAUAAAGUAGAGGAGGUGUCAAUGGAACUCGUGCCCUAUGAUCCAGAGGAAGCGAUGAUCAAUCUGACGAAUGCACGCGCCAAUAUCAAGGUCUUCAAGGUUAUCAGUGCCAGUACCGAUACCGGUAUCGAGGACCAAAUGAAGGAGCUAACGGUUGUGGAGGUCUGGAGCAAGUCUGGAGGAAGAUGCAUAGGCUUGCAUAGGGAGCUCUCAUUGACGUCAUGCGGGUAA